AACCUUGGCCUCACCGAGAAGCAGCGGGAGAUUGGCCUUCUUGAGGCCUGCGUUUACCAGCUUGCAGAACUGCUCAACAGCCACCGUGACGCCACCGUUGAGAACGUACAGCGGCGACAGGCGCGUUCUGUGGCUGAGCGUGAGGAGGACGACAGCGAUACGGAGCAUGUUCCGGGCGCUGGGGGCGAGGGUGGCGAUGACAAAGCGGCUGAGGAGGAUGAAGACGAUAUUCCCUACAAUCCUAAGAACCUACCACUUGGUUGGGAUGGAAAGCCAAUUCCGUACUGGCUGUACAAACUGCACGGCCUAAAUAUGUACUACUCCUGCGAAAUCUGCGGCAACGCCACCUACCGUGGGCCCAAAGCCUUCCAACGGCAUUUCUCUGAAUGGCGUCAUGCGCAUGGCAUGCGCUGCCUCGGUAUUCCCAACACCGCCCACUUUGCCCACGUGACCAAGAUUGAGGAUGCACUGGCGCUCUGGCAGAAAAUUCGUUCCACCAAGGAGGCCGAACGCUGGCGACCCGAAGUGGAGGAGGAGAUGGAGGACUACGCGGGCAACGUGGUCACCAAGAAGACCUACGAAGAUCUGAAACGACAGGGUCUCCUCUGA